AGUGCGGCUAUUGAUUGCUACCGAGUAUCAGUGUGCAAUAAUCCAGCCAACUGAUAAGUAAUAGCAGGGAGGUAGUAAACUGAAGGGCAAACAUGACCAAAACAAGCAUCGAUGGGUAGAUUUAGCGGGCACUGUAAUUGCCAUACCGAUGAGACUUCUAGCGCUUCUAAGCAAAAACUGGUUCUUGACUUAGUGUCGAUUAAACCUAACGCGCGUACGCAUGUGCGCGAUUUCUUCGCGCCGGGCGCUUGCAUCGUGAGAAUGCAAUUGUUGAUUUAUAGCCUGAACGUGCAUAUGGCGUGGGGAGUGAAUCCAAUUAAUAUUUACGUACCCUUUAAAUCAUAUCAGUGAGUGCUUUCUCCUAUCAUUGAUUGCAAAAUAUGACCGCUAGUUCCGCAAGCUGAGCUAGAACAAGUUUUACGCAAAAGUUGCACGAACUGUGUGUGAGAACGGAUUCGAGGAUCGACGGUUUGUUUAACGGUUCAGUGAACAGUGCACAUUUCGUGUUUGUGGCUCACGGUCAUGGCAUCGAUCGGAAAUUGGUGGCGCGUUGUGCAAAGAGAAAAAGACCGCCAAAGCGAGCUGGAGAGUGAUUUCGAAUAUCGACAACGAUGGAUCACGAUAAGAUUAGUGUAUCUAAGUGGAUUUCUGAUGUUUCUAUCGUUUGGCGUGGUGACGACAGGGCUCUGGCCGUACCUGCAAGACAUGGAUCCGACGGUUGGGAAACCGUUUCUGAGUGUCGUGUUUGCCGCUCCACCGGCCGGACAGUUAAUUUUUAGUCCGCUUAUCGGUUGGUGCUCGAACAGAUUAUCGUCCAUCCGAGUGCCGUUUGUUAUACUAACAGCUUUGUUUGUGUUUGCCAAUGCACUGUACAGCGUGGUGGAGCUUUUUCCACUGCCCCAUCGAAAGUAUGUUCUGCUCUGUUCGCGAUUUGUCUUUGGCGUAUCGACGUCAAUUAAUACGCUUAGCCGAGCGUACAUUUCGACGGCAACCAAACUGUCCGAACGCACCGGUGCCAUCUCAAUGAGCUCGUUGGCACAAACGUUCGGGCUUGCGAUUGGUCCCAUCAUCCAAGCGGGACUAUCGGCGAUCGGAAAGGAUGGACUGAUGUGGUACGGUUUGCGCAUUAACAUGUACACCAUGGCCGGUUGGAUUUGUGCGAUCGGUGGAGUGGUUUACAUCAUCAUGCUGAAUCCUUCCUGCUUCGUUCAUCGGACCAUUGCUGCCCAGGAAGCUAUGAAAACGAUCGGAUCCAGCAAAGCUACUGAUACGUACGAGCGUUUAAAAAUGUUCUCCAUCUGGACGGUAAUGAUCGGUUACAGUGUUUUGAUGUUUUUCUACGUAUCUGUUCAAACAGCACUUUCACCGAUAUCGCUCGAUCAGUUCGGUUGGAGUCAUGAGGAAUCUCUCUACUAUUUGGGAAUUUUAAUCACGGGCGGCACUUUAUGCUCUUGUGCUGUGUUUCUACUAUUGCCCCAGUUAUGUAAACGGUUUCAAGAACACAACGUGUUUUUAUUUUUUGCUAUAUUGCCGCUUUUUAUCAGUCAAGUGGUAAUGAUACCGAUGGGUAGCAAAUCCAUCCCGAUGGCUGGUUCGGCCUCAAACAGAACCACCGGUGGAGGAUGUCCUAUUGAGCAGGAGUGGUGCAAUUUCAUUCCACCAAUCAAUCAAUAUCAAUUAACCGUUUCGUACACGAUGUUGUGUAUUUCGUUUUCCGUUGGAAUAGCCAUUAGUCAAACGAUUCUAUCGAAAUUGCUGGGAACCCGUCCGCAGGGCAACUGGAUGGCACUGUACACAAGCAUCGGUGGUGUAACACGCAUAAUAGGACCGGCUUCGGUGGUAGUAUACGUUCGCUUAGGAACGUAUUGGCUGUUUGGACUAGGUACAUUCAUUUCCGGACUAAUGCUCGCAUGGAUGUGGUAUUACAAAAGCCAUUUGCGUACGUCCAAAAAGGUAACCCAAACGACGGAGAUGCAACAAAUGACAGCGACCGAAUGAAUUAGAAGCCGA